ACAUAUUUUUGAUGCGCACAGCGGGCGCUUCUAAAGUCAGCUUUCAAACGCGGUCUGCGUCUCUCCGGCUACUUUAUGGAAACAAAAAAUGAAGAAUGCGGUGCGGAAUCGCAAUAGUGCAGAAUCACACUGGCACACGUUGGAGCGUUUACCGCGCAUGCUCGACCUGCAAACGUCCAGCCUUGCCAAGACCGGCCCCUAUUCUUCACCAAUGAACGGGCAAAUUUACAAGCGGCAUAAGCGGUUCGCUAUGGCCGUGACGGACGGUGACAGCUUGCGAACGAGAUGUUGUUGACAAAACACCGAAGAUCUAAUAAAUGCAACGUCGGUGCCCAAACGAUGAAGUCUUUUCUUCGAUCCUGCUUAAAUCAGAUGGUUUGUUUGUAAAAGCCUUUGGGAGUGAAGCCACCGGCCACAGCUGCAGAUAUCGGAGACAGGACUGCUUAUCAGAGCUAGCGGCGAUACCGCGCGACCUUUCCGGAGGACCGCGAGAGCGACCGGAAAAUGAACCAUGGCAACCGCAUCACUCGGGAAAGAGCUCGAGCGCACUUUUCAUCAUUUGCGUUCUUUUGCCCUUUUUGGAGAAUAUUUAAUUGGACAGUUUUAUGUGGUUUACAACGUUGUGAGACCUUUUAUUAGUUACUGAGUUUUUUUUUUUUGUGAGUGACAUUUGUUGUGCGUCUGACGCGGGAUAUGGAUAUUUGGACUUGGUUGCGUUAAAGGACCCGCUACCUGCCUGUCCAUCAUAAUGGAUCAAGAUGAUAACCAAGAAACAUGUGAACCCCCUCUGCAUGCCCUUUACGGGCCUAACCGGAUCCGGCCGUCGUCGUACCGGGCUCUGCGAAGUGCCGUGUCCAGUUUGGCGAGAAUUGACGAUUUUUUCUGUGAAAAAAUCGGUUCCGGGUUCUUCUCAGAAGUAUUUAAGGUGCAGCACAGAAUCACGGGGCAGGUGAUGGCUCUGAAGAUGAACACACUGGCCAGUAACAAAGCCAACAUGCUGAGAGAGGUGCAACUCAUGAACCGCCUUUGCCACCCCAACAUCCUCAGGUUUUUGGGGGUGUGUGUUCAUGAAGGACAGCUUCAUGCUCUUACAGAGUACAUAAAUGGGGGCAAUCUGGAGCAGCUGCUGGAUAGUGACAUAUAUCUGUCGUGGAGCGUGAGAAUAGGUCUGUCUCUGGACAUUGCAAGAGGGCUGCAGUAUCUACACAGCAAGGGCAUUUUCCACCGAGAUCUUACAUCAAAGAACUGUCUGGUCCGUUGUGACAAUGGUGCUUUUACUGCUGUGGUUGGGGACUUUGGGCUGGCAGAGAAAAUCCCUGAUUAUAGUGAUGCUGUUGAUAAGCAGCCUUUGGCUGUUGUGGGCUCCCCGUACUGGAUGGCUCCAGAAAUGUUAAGAGGAGAGCUAUACAAUGAGAAGGUGGAUGUUUUUGCAUAUGGAAUAAUCCUUUGUGAGAUUAUUGCUCGAAUUGAGGCUGACCCAGAUAUCCUCCCACGAACAGAGGAUUUUGGACUGGAUGUGGACACCUUUGAGCAAAUGGUUGGAGACUGUCCACCUUCGUUCCUUCGCCUGGCUGUCAAUUGCUGCAAUAUGAGCGCAGACAGUCGUCCUGCUUUUUCUGAAAUAGUAGUGACACUUGAGAGGAUAGAGAGAGAGAGGAAGAUGAGUGAAGCUCCAGUCAUCCUAGAACCCAUUACUAUUGACGUCAGCCCGUACAGGAGGAGAAGCUCGCCAUGCCAUCCUGGUGAUCAGCGCCUGUCCCGAAGUCAGUCAGACGUACUGCCACCUGCCACUUCACCGUGUUUAGGCACGCCAGCACGGGUCAACCCGUUCUCUCUCCGCCAAGACCUCAACGGCGGUCGCAUCAAGCUGUUCGACACCCCCAGCAAAUCUGUCAUCUCUCUUACCUUCACCCUUCCACCACCUCCAGAUCCCUGUGCCUCCCCACCACUAAACGGGAGCCCGGGGCUCCGAGGUCCCCCUCGAAGGUGUCGCUCCCUGCCGUGCACCCCCGAGCUGGGACGACAGUUACCCUUCCGGGACCAAGAGGGCCGAGAAGAGGAGGAAAGGACCGAAGAACUGAGAGAUGGAAUGAAAGAGAAAGAGGCGGAAACACGGCAAGAUACAGUGGACGUCGGUCUGGUUCUGGACUUAGAUAUGGUGUCUUUAGAACGGGUAGAAGAGGAAGAGGAGGAUGAAGAGGUGGAGAAGGAGGGACUGAGCCUCGCAGAGCCCAUGGACUGUAGCAGCUCGCCCGACACGGCAGAAGGAAAUGCGUCAGGGAAGCGGCUUAUCAGCGGUUCUUCUUAUUCCUCGUCCCUUCAGUCCAAUGGUUGGGCUGCACCCAUCUCUAAUGGACCACCGUUAUUACCUCCCCUUCCCCGUCUGGACAAUAACAAUGGACUGCUGAGGCCCGGCCGACCGAUGGCAUGGGCGAGACUGAACGGUUACAGAGGCCCCGCUCCGGAGCCUUUACCGCCCACUAACGAACAAGACGAUGUGAUUUCGUGUCCGGCCUGCUGUCUGGCUGGGUUCAGCUUCCCUUCCGUGUGCCUGCGUGGAGCUCCUCCCUCGCGCCGCGGACCUCCGCGUCGACCGUACAGGACCUUCAACGGCGGGGAAGCGUCCGCAGCCACAGCAAAGGGACUGCUCUGUCGGGGAGCAACGGGUCUGGCUCCAUCCACAGCAGCCUGUGAGCCAGGCUUACCCCUACCAGAGGCCCAAACCUAAAGAUGGCCACUGGUCUCAGAAGCUGCAAUGCCACACAGUCAGGAUGCUUAUCUGAGGGGAUGCAGUACGGGUUGAAGGCAUAGUUCACCCAAAAAUUAAAAGGUUGUCACUUGCGCACCCUGAUGUGGUUCCAAACCUGUAUGACUUACUUUAUUCAGGCAAACACAAACAAAUGUUUUGAAAAAUGCCAGUUUUUUUGUCUAUAUGGUGAAAGUCAGUGUUAUUUCAUUGUAUGGAUGUUUAAAACAUCUUUAAUUAUCUUCUAUUUUACCUAAUGAAGAAAGUCAUACAUUUUUCGACACAAGGGUCAGUAAAUAAUGACGCAGUUACACAGUAUAUAAAACAGUCCAGCCGAUAGUGAGAUAUGGAUUAGUACGAUUGUCAAAUUUCAUAGGUUCAAAUAUGAUUUAUCAGUUAUAAAAGUUUCAGACUGAGAGCUCUGAGCUCUGAGAUUCUGCUCUGAAACCAGCAGUGAAUAUGUUUUAAAAAUACUUUUAUUAUAAUAAUAAUUUUAUGGUUGUACUAUAAAAUAAACAUAUUUAUUAAAUGGCAGAUUCUUAAAAAAUCCUUUAAAUGCUAUUAUUAUGAUAUAUUGUUUUGAUUAAUAUUUUUAUUUAAUAAUAUCUCAAAACAGAAAUCAUAAUAUUAAUUGUUGUUUUAUAAUCCUUUUGAAUUAGACUAAAACAAUGGCAAUGUGGCCUAUGAAAACUUAAGUAGAAAGAGAUUACUUUAAACUAGGUUUAAUUUAUAGUUAAAGAAAGAGGUUUAAGAGGUUUGUAAACUUUUUUUCAUUUAAUUUAAAAUGUUUACAUUAUUUCCAAAUUGGUUAACCCUUAAAAGAAUGAAUCGCAUUAAAAAAAAGUGUACGCUUAUAUACAUAUUCUACAAUGAUUCCCACCCCCAAAAUAUAUAUCUGCUUAAAAGUGUCUAUAUACAGUAUAGCAAUAAAACUUUUUGUUUUUGGGUGAACUAUCCCUUCAGAUAUAUGUAUGAGACACGCACAGGAUAGAAGCGAGGAACGAAAGGCAUGCUGGUUCCAUAGUGCCAGUUCUUUAUCAUGGUCUUUUUUUGCCGUAAUUCAGAAUAACUUAAUACUAUUACUGUACAAUAAUGGCUGCUUUUUAUUGUGUGCUCUUUUUGGCUCCAUAAAUGUUUGAUUGACUGAAAGCCACUGUGUUUAAAAAGAAAAAAAAUACCGUGUCUGUAGUAAGGGAGACUUACAUGAUAAUAGUGGCAUGUCGAGCAUUUUAAGCAUAUUAUGAUUUAUUUAUUUAUUAGAUAAGCAUUCCUCUGAAAGACUGAAUGCUCUUCACUUUGGUGUGAGAGUGAACUAGGGUGUGUGACACUGGGUACUGAUGUCGGACAUUAGUUAAGGCAUUUUCGUGAUACAUGUGUAUGUUUAGAUGCAAUGUAUGCAGUAAAUCAUGGUAAUUAUGUAAAGUGUACUGUUUAAUAGGCAUUUUUUAAUGAAAACGUAUACAUUUUGAGUUUUACACAAAAUGAAGACGCGCAGGAGUGCUUGUAGAAGAUAGCAGUUUACAUUUUUUUUAUCUCCCCCUUGUGGUCUGGAGGAUACACUCUUGCUAGAUCACUGCUGCUGUAGAUAAAAAAAAAAAAGACAGAUGUCAGAGGACAUUUACCUUCACGUUUGAUCUAGUUCAGCUUUUCUGUGAUGUUCAAGUUAUGGAAUUGUAUUUAAAAAGCAAAAGAGCAUCUUGCACAAAGUAUUUUCCUGAUGCCACUAACAUUUACUCGAGACAAACAUGACACCCCAGCACAAAUGAUCGACAGUGUUUUGUUUUGGGUUUUUUUUGCUUUGUGUUUAAACACGACGAUAAAUUUCCAAAGGAACCAAGAUUCGUUUCUGGUCAAUACUGGUCUGGGACUGAAACGGUAAUUCAUACCGAGUCUAAACUGAAUUUUUGCAUUCGUUUUAUCAAAUUUCUGAGAUUCUGAAGUCUGUUAUGCUGUGUUGAUUAAGCCUCAGAAACACGUCCACUGAAUUUCCUCAUGCUUGUUUAUGUACAUCUGCUAAUGAAAUGAGCAUAGGAAGUAUCUGCAUGCUGAGUACUGUACAAAAGAGUGAUCUGUACAUAUCAAUGCAUGACAAUAGACAAGAAGCUGUCUAGCACGUUAAAACUUCCCUUCAGACUGGCAUCAGAGGUGAAGUUGUCUCGAGGCAUUUUUGUCUUCUGCAUUCUGAGACAUGGAUGCAAUAAGUGCUCUUGGUUUAAACGGUAACAUAUUUUUUUAAAAGCUUGGUAAGGAAUAUGUUUGAAUGUUUCAUUAGCUUCUUUAAAAGUAUGCAUUUUCUAAUACUAAUCCGUGUAGCAUAGAAUUGGGCUGAAGCUGAUAAUGAAAAGUCGGCUUGAUUAUGACUAUAAUUUUCCAUGCGCAGAAUAGAUGAAAGCAAUUUGAUCAUGUGCAUUUGAACAGCACAGACAUUCAGAACUUGCCUCCUUUGUGUCAGUGAUGAAGUGAUGUUAUAGCGAAUGGGACGUGGAUGGAUAUGUAAGGUCCAUGUGUCAUGUUACUGUGUAAAGAUUUGUUUCUUUCUCUCUGAAAGCAAAGCACUUAUCACUAUUACUUUUAUUAGUUCUGGGGAACAGCAGCUUUAAUAAAUGUCAGUGAAUUGUUAUUUAUGAAAGUGUCAUAAAUUAAAAAAAGAUUGAAUGUAAA